GUGUGGGAGUCACUCUAACACAGUUGAGCAAACCCAGAGUUGUUGAUUUGUAAGGCAGGAAUGAAUGCAAGCACUGACAGAUACUGAGACAUGUCAGCGGCGCUCCUCAUUCCCUUCAGCAAAUGACAGGCUGGAAGAGGCUACCUGGAGGCUCUCCCUGAGCUUCCUCCCACGAUGGACUAGCACUAACCACCCUGCAAUUACUGGCUGUCGGACUCAAGAAGAUGAGGACAAGCAGGGCAAUUAAAUACACUCUGUUCGCAUUCUGCUACAUCUUCUGGGUAGCAAGUGGGCUGAUGAUAGCUGUGGGGAUCUAUUCAAAAACAGCAGUGGAAGGAGGUGCUGUGGAUUCACUGAUAGCAGACCCUGCACUAAUACUGAUCAUUGUGGGAUGCUUAAUAUUCUGUAUCACUUUCCUGGGCUGUUUUGGAGCUCUGCGCGAUAUUCAGAUUCUGCUGAAAAUAUUCCUCUGGACUCUCCUGCUCAUUCUGCUACUUCAAGUAACAGUUGCUACACUUGGCUUCAUAUUCUCUGAAAAGGUGGAAGAAAAGGCAGUGGCAUUACUGGAGAAAGGAAUUAUCAGAUACAGGGAUGAUCUGGAUCUGCAGAAUCUCAUUGAUUAUAUCCAGAAAAAGUUCAAAUGUUGCGGAGUAUCGAGUUACAAAGACUGGUCGCAAAAUAUGUACUUCAGCUGUGUGGAAACCAACCCCAGCCUUGAACAGUGUGGUGUGCCAUAUUCUUGCUGCAUCAUGACUGCUAAAGAGGUACUGAACACAAUGUGUGGGUACGAGACUCAGCAGCUCAAGUUCUGGACGGCUCGGAAAAAGAUCUACACUGCUGGAUGUUUGGACACUAUUGUCCAAUGGGGGCAUAAAAACCUGCUUCUGAUCGGUGGCAUAGCUCUUGGCGUGCUUCUCCUCGAGAUUUUGCUGAUCUCAUUGACGGCCAUUUUGCUCAAACAAAUCCACUCCAUCAAGAAGAAAAUCAAUCGAAGGAGCACCAUGCACUAGGCCCCACUCUCAAGAAAAACAUUCAGCGUCAUCUUGUGACCACCUCUGAGUGGAAAGCAGCACAUUUCCUCCUUUUGCACUCGGCCUUCAUCACACCUAUAAAUACAGGCUUCAAUGCUGGAGAUAAUCCAACUGGACUGCAUGUGUGUCAUCAGCACCGUGGCUUUUUCUUAUUGAGGUUGAUUUACCAAGGAGAUAUUUUGGGUUUAUUAAUUAGUAACCAUCAGCUUUGGAAGGCUUUGAAUAUUGUUGGCAUAUCGUUCUAGGUAUGGUCUUCAGUUGCCUCCUCGGAUGGCCAUCUUUGGAAGGAUUGCUCUGAAAGAUCUGACCAUGUGGAUGGGAUAUCAGUCUCACACCCACCCACAACUACCUGGGAGAGAGACUACAAAUAAGGUGCUAAGUUGGAUUUCCCUAAGUACCAUGGCCAUCUGUAUCACCUGGCUUUCUGCCAACUGUAAACAGUAUAUUAAAUCUCCUGUUGUCAUAACAGGGAUAGGGUCUCCCUUGUUCUUACCUAUCACCCCACGAGCUUCUGUAUCCAGUGUAUCAUUCUCUGUAACUUCCGCCAUCUACAAUGGGAUCCUACCUCUAGGCACAUCUUUCCCUCCCCCCAACCCACACCUGCUUUUUGUAUCACUCUCUAUGUGUCUCCCUUCCCUUGUCCACUCGUCCCUCCCCAGUGAACUUCCACCUGGCACUUACACCUACAAGCAUGACAAGUGCCACACCUGUCCCUACAGCUCCUCCCUCAUCGGCAUUCAGGGCCCGAAUCAAUCCUCCCAGGUGAGGCGAAGCUUCACUUCAUUUUCUGUCUGGGUAGCCUCCAACCUGAUGCCAUGAACAUCCUCUACACUUCUGGAAAUUACGAAGCUCUCUUCCUUCUCUCUUUUCCUGUUCCCCAUUUUGGUUACUGUCUCUCCCCUCGCUUCUUCCUGUCUGCCCAUCAACUCCCUCUGGUUCCCUUCCUCCUUUUCCUUCUUCCAUGGUUUGCUAUUCCAUGGUCCUAUUAGAUUCCUUUUCCUUCAGUUCCUUACCUCUUCCACCUAACCCUGUCACAUCAACGGAUUCGGCAGCGCAGUAGAUACAGCAAUUGUGCUUGUGAAUAUGCACAUGUCAGCUAAUUACUAUUUCAUUGUGAUAGUAUUUAACAUCGUAGUGCUUGUCGAGACUUGGGCACAGCACAGCAACGCUUUGCUGCCCGUUUGCAUUCGACCUUGCCUGAGAAAUUGGACUGUCGGGUCAACUGACUCUGAAGACUUGCGGUAUUUGUUUUAUAUUUUAGUUGUUCUUUUCAGCCGCAGAUUAGCCUGUGUUUUUCCAUUUGAGUUUUAGUUAGUGGCCCUGUUUGGCCUAAUGUUUAUUGUUAUCUUUCCUCUUUAACACCGUUUGCAUUAAA